AUGAAAGUUAGCCAGCUCUAUGUCUACCCCAUCAAGUCCCUGCAACCAACCUCCCUGUCGGAGGCCAUUCUCACGCCACGGGGAUUUCCCUAUGACCGCUGCUUCAUGCUACUGAAAGUCGAGGCCGGCGAGAAUGGAUCCCCUCCGACCCUCAAGAACAUGCACAUUCCGCAUUUCCCAGAGAUGUCCCUGUUCCAGACGAAUAUCGAGUUCCCCAAGACAGACAAUGACUGCGGGAAAGUAAUUGUUACGCACCGCUCGCCGGGAUCUAGAAAAUCGCAGAGACUAGAGGUCCCCCUGCAGCCCGAUGUGGCGGGCCUCGAACCCCUGCAGAUCGUCAUGCAUGGCAGCCCUACUAUGGGGUAUGACAUGGGUGCGCAGUAUAAUGAGUGGUUUAGUGAGCGCUUUGGGUAUUCCGUCAAACUGGCUUAUUUAGGCUCUCAUUCCCGAGAAGUGCUGGGGACUCUGGCGCCGGGAAAGCGCAAGAAAAGCCUCGCUCUUCUGAGGCGGACAUUGAUGCCAACUGAGGGAAUUGUAAAGUGGCUGAAUGCGAUUCUGGCUACAGCAGUAGCCGUCAAAGCCAUCCGCAUAAUCCAGGAGGCUGUCCAGGAAAAACCGCCACGAAUGAAUGCUGCCUUCUUCUUUGCGGCGUUGGCUCUGGUUGCCAUCGCAGUUUACUCCGUGCUCACCGUUCACUCACCAGAGGACCGCAUUACCUUUGCUGACUGUGCUCCGUACCUUCUCAUCUCCGAAAUGUCGGUGUCUAAUGUCUCGGCGCGGCUUCCAGAGGGAGAAGAGAUGGAUCGCACCAAGUUCCGGCCGAACAUCGUUGUGUCCGGCGCUGAGAAUGCGUUCGAGGAAGACUUUUGGUCUGCACUGACUGUGGGACCAGGUCUUACCCGUCUGUUCUUGACGGGGAACUGUGUGCGAUGCCAAAGUCUGAAUGUGGAUUUCACGACGGGCAAGAUAGGCACGGGCGAGUCGGGCAACGUGCUGAAGAAACUGAUGAAGGAUCGGCGGGUAGACCGCGGCGCCAAGUAUAGUCCUGUCUUUGGCCGUUAUUCUUUCCUUGAUCCUGCUGGCGCAGGCACGCGGAUCUGCGUUGGAGAUGAGGUGGGCGUGUCGCAGAAGAGCGAAGAGAGGACCGUUCUCGCCGUUAUGGAUCCCGCAUCGCUACGGCGCAAAGACACCACCAAGGGUCCUCCGCUGAGGAUCCUGUCGCUUGAUGGAGGCGGCGUUCGCGGCUACUCCAUGCUUAUCAUCCUCCAGGAACUCAUGUACCGCACCUACGUCGAGUGUGAAGGAAAACCUCCGCGUCGCGACCAAAUUCCCAAACCAUGCGAUCAUUUCGAUCUCAUCGCCGGCACCGGCACCGGCGGUUUGAUCGCGCUCAUGCUAGGCCGGCUGCGCCUAGAUCUCGAAACAUCCAAAGAGGUCUACGUGCGCAUGACCCGGAAAGUUUUUGAGACCGAUAAGACUAUCGCUGGUAUCCCCUACCGAUCGACCCUGUUCAAGGCCUCCAAGCUUGAAGAAGCCAUCCGCGAAUGCGUCCGGGAACAUACGGUUUACGAGGCGGAGGGGAACGACAUGGCCAAUACCAAUCCUCGCGCCUCGAUGGCCAGCCUGCCGUAUAGCCCCGGCUCAGUGCCUCAACGGACUCUUAGCCGGGGAAGUUUUAGCAUGCAGCCUCCUCCAUCAACCGCCUCCGACCGGAGGAACUCCACGUUCCUCAACGGUCUGCGCUGGGGUCAGCCGGAUGCCUCGCUUUACGAUAAUCGGGAAAAUCGGACCAAAACCGCCGUCACUGCUCUUUACAAAGGCACUCCGCGCAACACACCCGCUGUGCUGCUCCGCUCCUAUGACUCGCGCCGGGAACCACCGCCGGAAUUCAACUGUACCAUUUGGCAAGCGGGUCGCGCAACUUCGGCCACGGGAUUGGCUUUCAAGCCAAUUCAAAUCGGACAACACGUCUUCAUUGAUGAAGGGGCUGGCACCUAUAACCCCGCGCCACAGAUCCUCGAUGAGGCCGUCGUGAAUGAGUGGCCUGGUCGCGACGUCGGCGUGUUUGUUAGCGUUGGUACCGGGAAGCGUCCGGCUGGUACAAACAGUCGCCAGCAUGAAUGGUGGGAGGAUUUCUUUGGUGAUGCACUGGGUACGUUUGCCGAGGCCAGGCGGCGACUGAUCUCGAAGAUCGAGGGCUGCGAAGAUAUUCACCAGGAUAUGCUGCGCGAUUACCUCGAUCAGCGCCAUGUCGACAAGGAUAACUAUUACCGCCUCAAUGUCGAAGUCGGAGUUGGCGAAUUCGGUAUGAAUGAGUGGAACCGGCUGGCCGAUAUCAGCACCAACACCCGUCGGUACCUGGCAAAACCGGACGUGAAGAAGAUGAUCCUGGAUGCGAGUGUCAAGUUUGCCAAAAUUGAACGUAUGAACCGUCGCUUGGCCAACCACGAUACCGCCGGCGGGGAGCGUGAUGAUUUGUCCUUUGAUCUGGAGCGGGAGGAGAUGACGGUCGCUGACCACAACGUGUCUGAGCUGCCUCCAUCAUCCCACCAAUUCGCAGUGGAACUACCCGCCGAGCCCGUCGAGUACGCUCCUCACUCCCCGGUGCAAGCAGCCCCGCCCGUCACCGUCUCUGCGCCCACACCAGCGCCAAUGUCGGCCGACUCGCUCCCAGCGCAUCCAACGCCACAAGAUAAUUACGCCUCCUCCUCCAGAUACUCCGUCAGCGACGUUUCCAGCUACCGACACAGCCACGAGUACAGUCGGCCCACAUCGCAGCAGCAACAACAAGGCUCGCCGCGACGAAGUGGAGAGAAGCUCGCCCCUCAUGACAGCAUGGGGCCCCCAGUGCCGCCGCCAAUACCGCCCAAGACCCCAAUCCAGCACUCCACCCCGUAUCCGGCCCAGGAGGAUGGAGGGAUCUCCAUGCCCGCACCGCUGUUCUCCCAGGGAUCUGUUCCUUCUGGGGGUAAAAUGCGACCUCCCUAUCCCGUGGAUGAGCCACCACCCGCAGUGAACAGGCAGCGGAAACCAAGCUAUCACGUACGGUGA